AUGCCGGAUCACUGCACCCCCCGACCCUUAUGCCCCCCGGCUUUCACAGGAGUAAGGGCACGCAUGCAGACACUGCUUGGCCAGGUGCCCUUGGACGCUAACCCAAUGAUCCUGGGUCUAGCUCUGGCGUUGGCAAGCCAGGCGCACAAGGCGCACGCUAGCAGCACGGUCGCCCAGUACAAGGAGCCAUGGCAGGAAUUCCUCGAUUGGGCAGAGCUACUACACAUUCAGGCGAGCGACGUUUACGAUAUCAGGCCAGAGAUAGUGGCCAUGUACCUGAUGCACGUCCACCAAACUGCGCAAGCAGAUGAAGUAGGUCCGGGUUGUGUCACGGUGGUGAGUGCUGCUAUUGCCUGCCACUUCUUUUUUGCAGGCUGCCCCUCACCACGGGAGCACCCAGCAUGGUACCUCGUUCGGGACCUGGGCAGGCGCACACUGCAAGGGAAGAAGUUGCACAGGGAAAGCAUGCAACCAGAGCAUGUCCGCAUGUUGGCUACUCACUUUGCUGGGCCAGAUGCAUCACUGCCAGACCUGAUGAUGGUAGCAGCCAUAUCGGUCAUGUUCGCUGGUUUCCUGAGGUUCAACGACCUAGCCCAAAUCUCCGUCAAGUACGACCUGCUCACCCUGCACGACACUCACAUGGCCAUUACACCGCCUAGGUCCGAAACGGACCAGGAGGGCAAAGGGCAGACCGUACGGAUCGCGCGCGUGGGAGGUGUGGCUUGUCCAGUGGGCUUGACUGAGAGGUAG